AUGGACAAGAAGGACAAGAAGGACAAGAAGCACUCCAGCUAUCAUAGGCCACACCGCCACCAUCAUGCGCGCGAUACCAUCCAGUCGGCAGUCCAACUACAGCAUCCAUUCUCGUUCGAGAACUACAAUCCUCUGCGACGAGCUCAGCAGCACCAUCACCACCUUAGGUCUCGUCGUGACCUUUCGCCAGAGAAAUCAGUCCAGGCCAAAGAUGAAGAACAAGAACAAGAGCCCACCAAGCCGCGGUGGUCGCCUGAAGUAGAGUAUGCCGUCGAUCACCCUCCGCAUCAACUCGUCACGCCAGAGACCAUUGCUCACGAGCGUCGACUACGCCAGAGACGUCAAGACCAUGUCUCUACCGCCUUGAACGUUCUAUCUCGCGACGCUCACACCGCCACUCGCAAGCUAGAUGACACUUACUACGCCUUGCUGCAAAAGGUCGGCCUACUCAAGGCCACCAUUUCUUCCUUCCAAGAUCUACACUCGUGCCUUGACGACACUGCCAAAGACUUCGCCACCAGAUCGGACUCACUCGUCAAGGACAUCACUGGCCAGAUCGAUGCUUUCCAGAACAUGUCCCAGCAGGACGAGUCUAUCGAUCAACUAGUCAAACGCCUUCACAAAGCCAAAGAACGUGCAGAAUCCUUCGAGACGAGACUAGAGUCUUGCCGUCUGCGCCUCGAGCGAUGGGAGAAGAAAGAACAUGAGAAGAAUAAACGCAACAAUCGCACCUGGGCUCUAGCCUUGACAUCUUUGACCGUUUUCAUCAUUCUCGUUCUCGCCAUCGUACUAUGGAAGAAAGGCUCUUUGGCAUCUGUGACCGAGAACCCUUCGGAGUGGAAAGAAGCUCUGGGUCUGGAGAAGAACAAGACUGCUCCUGGAAUACGCUUGGUCGACCCGGCACAAGAAAAGAUGCAAGCCAAGGAAGCCGUCAAGUGGGACAGGUUGCUAGACGAACUCUGA